AUGGCCGAAAUUAAAACCGACGACAGUGCAAAUGACAGUUCCAGUACGUUACGCGAGUUUGUUAUCCGUGCUCCCGAAUACUGUAUUGACAAGUAUGUUCGAAUAAAUGUACCGAUUCCGCUUCCCGAAUACACUUAUUUGGAAGAUUGGGUUGGAAAGUUGAAAGCGCAAUCAUCUGGAAAGUUUUUGGAUUACGAAGAUGCCAAAGAAGCUCUUCGAAAAUUCAUCUACGACGAAACGGUCAGAUAUCAAAACCGCCGUACCACUUUUCUCAUCGACGCAGCAGUGAAGAAAAAGCGGGAACUGGGUAUGCCUUUGUUUCAACCAUCUCGUAACCGAAGACUCGUUGAGCCUCGUCGGAAACCAGCGGUUCCUUUCGAGGAAAAGUUCACCUACGUUGUCGAGCAAAGUUCCAGCGAAAACUUGCUAACGUUGAUGAGAAUGGAGGUAUUUAUGAAGAAACAGAUGACAGAUAUGAUCCGAGCGAGGAACUGGGAAGUCGAGCAGUUAUCGAAGCAGUGCGAGAAGCUUGUCGCGGAAACAGGAGAUUCGGAUAUGCACCCACACAAAAUUAGUAUUCUAAACGAAAAACUCAGGCAGGUCCACACAACGUAUUCAUUCCAAGUGGCAGAUCUAUGCGACUCCCAAAAAUCAAAGUACCGAACAGCCGUCGAUUCGUUGUAUGCUCGUGGUAGCAUUCCGGCCGAAUUCCUAGAAGACGUUAUUCUCGAUGAUCAAGCGAUCCCUCGUCCCGUCGCACCAACAUCUGGAGACCACGCAGAGGGAGUCAACGAAAGUUUCACGAUUUAUGUCGGAUCGCAACUGAAAUCUAUGCAUAAUGUUUGUCUGGUGACUGUUGACCGGCUCACAGACUUGUGCCAAACACUGGAAGGCGAUUGGACAACAUCAAGUAGAUUGGAAAUGGCUACCAAGUUGUACAGCAGAAAUUUGAGUGGAACGACGCUUUUGGUACCUCGCGAUCCUAUGAAUCAUAUCAAUUCCUCAUCUGACUUUUUCAAAAUUUUCGAGCAGUCUACAGAAUUGCAUUUCGAUAAUCUCGGAGAACAGUUGAAAAAAGUCGUAGUAUCUAAUCGAACUAGAAACACAUGGCGUGCUGAUCGAAUUGACGAGGAGAGUGCAAGAUUAAUUUCAGAGGGAAAGCCCGUUCCAGAACAGCCAAUCCCAUCAAGUGCACUUCGUCAGGACCCAACGUGCACUGUUGGCGAUGUCUACAUCACCAGGCAUUCGAAUUUGCAUAAAGUGCAAAUUGUCUACCAUCUCGUUGUGGACGAAACACUGCAGUCGGUUGAAAUCAAUAGCCGUCAUCCAUGUCUUGCUGGUGUCCGAAAUAUCAUCAGGAUAGCGGCGCGCUAUAACACAAGCACAAUUCAUAUUCCUCUUCUUUUGAUUGAUAGACCGGAUGAGAGCACAACAAUUGCGUGGUGUCUGAAGCGAGCUGAGAUGUUGUUCAAGUGUGUUAAGGGAUAUUUGAUGGAGGUAUGCAGUGGCAUGGAUGUUGAGUCGUUGCCCCACUACAACGUUCAUUUCGUACUACCAUCUGGCCUCUCUCCGACCAUAUACGCCGCUAUUAGCCACAUGUGCACUAACAUUUUUCAAUUGGUACCUGGAGUAUCCUCAUGA